GCGGUCAACAACUCUUUGCGAAGACAUCGCGGUAGUUAAGUGGCAGGCUCUUCUCAGGGGAACCUCGGGCAAUCUCAAUGGACCGAGGAAACUGAAUCGCCACAACAAAGGAGGAUCUGCAUACCUGGGAGUGAACUAUCAUGAGCAAAGAACCUCUUUCCAUCAGACAUGUUUCUCUGGAGGAGGAAUAUCAAGACCUGCUGAAAACAGAAAGCUGCAAUAUAGCUCCAGAGAUCUUUUGGGAUGAAGUGCAGGAUUCAAAGAGGAAAACUGAACUUGACAGCACACUAUGCAAGGAAGGUCACCUUUCUGAGCCAUUGUCUGAAGAUUUCAUAUAUGAUUUUGAAGAUGCUUCAGAGACAUUAAUGUCAUCUCUGAACACUUUAAGAAUGUGCUCUAUGAAUGAAGAGCCAUCCUUCAGCACUAACAGCACUGGGUGGAAGGAAUAUAAUGAGGAAUUAUUAUCUCAAGCGAAAUUGGCACAACAGGGCAGAGUGCUGGGACAGCCGCAGGAAAGCUCCAGAAUGGGAGAAGAUUCUAAUACAAAAGAUUCAUGUGAACUCUUGACUGAGGUUGAAACUCCUCCCAAGGAAUUUGUGGUCAAAAGGUCAGAUGCGCCUGUUCAGGAAGAUCCAUUUCUGAUCAUGGGGGAGCCCUUACUGGACUGCAUUGUGAAAGAAUCCCCCAUCAAAGAAGUAUCUAGUUUUCUUACUCAGCCCACAGGCUCUUUAUUCCAGACAAAUGAGUGUUCUGCUGGCAAAGAUCUACUCAUUCAGUGGGAUGGCUCCAGUGCAGUUGAAAAAACAUUGCGCCAUGAAGGCACAAUGAUGAUCUCUGAACAACAUAAUGAAUCAGCAAAAGAAGCUGGUCUCACAGUUUUUCCAGAUGCUUUGGACGAAAACCUGGAUUAUAUUCGCACUCUGAUACAGUCAAACAGAUGCUUGAAAGAACACCUCAAGAGUACAUUAGCACACUGCAUCAACAAAGAGAAAGUGACUGAAUGUACAUCUGCAUCACCAAGUGCUGCCCUUGUGUCGAAAGGGGAUCAUAAUGCCGAGGAGAAAUCAUUGCCUAUCCAUUCCACAAAGUUGCUCUGGACAGCAGACGAAUGCUGGCAAGGGGACACAGGGGACAAAGGCAUCAUUCUACCAUAUACUACAAAAAGCUGCAGCCUGACACCUUAUGAAGUGUCACAUAAACUGUGCCAUGGGAACUCUGCAGAAUUUACCUCAAAGCAACUGCUACUUCAAGAAGGUGACAUGGAUUUCAACAGGGUUAUUAAGGAUUUAGAAGAAGACCACCAGAAGCAGCUUUCCCGCAUUGUGAAUCUUCAGUAUGGCAAUAUAUUUUUUGAGAAAAAGAUGAAAGAAAUAGAGAAAGCCCUGCUUCAGGAAGGGGUUAUGGAUUUAAACAAAGCACUGCAGGGACUACAGCAGGACCAAAAGAUGCAGCAAACCCAAAUCAUGGACCUUUACUAUGAUAAUGUUUCUUUGAGGAGGAAGAUUAAAGAGCUAGAAGUGGACUUUCUCAAGAAUUGCAAUUUUCUCAACACCAUCAAGGAGCUGAAGGGGAUCAUAAUGAAUCUCACUGAAGCAAAGAACCAGGUCAUAGAGGAAAACAAUGAGGCUGAGAGGCAGCUGAAGGGCAAGAAAGACAUGCUGGCUAACAAAGAGGAUCCUCUGCAGGACUCAGAGUCUGAGAAGGUAACUCUGAUGUUGCAGUUGGAAAAGCUUCAUGCUGAUUAUAGCAGUCUUCAAGCCAAAUACCAGGCAGAGGUGGAGCAAAAGAACCAAUAUAUGAACCAGUGCACAGAACUGAAUUGUGCUCUCCACAAAAAAGAGCAGGAGAUGAAAGAACUUUCUUGUGUCCAACAACAACUAGAACAUGAGGUCAGCUGUACCACCUCUGCUCUGCACAAACUGAGGCAAGAGAAGGAUAUUGCCGAGAAGCAUUUGAUGUCCUUGCAGGCAGAAUUUCAGAAGCAGAAGAGUGAGAGGCAGGCAGAAAAGGAGGAGCUGAGCUGUCGGUACAAUCAGCUGGUUGCUCAGAUUAAAACCUUGCAGACAGAGUUUGAGAAUGAGCGAGUUGAGAUGGAGAAUAUGCAGAAGCAGGUCUGUGCAUUUCAAACAAAAAAUAGUGAGCUUCAGCAGCAGAUAGCGAAAGACAAAGAACAAAACCAUUUUCUGAUGCUGGAACCUACCUGGUGGAAAGAAGAAUGUGACUGGAUUGACAGAAUCAGAGAAUCACAAACGGUGAAGGACAUGAAAUCAAUGCAUUCUGAUUUAUCCAUCAGAAGCCUCCACAGUGAUGAAGACCAUUUCAGCUCUCCAUAUGUCCACAAAGCAUCCCACCUCUUGUCAAAAAUUCGCAGUCUUCUUGCUCUUACAGAAGGAUUACUUACCUGUCAGACAGAUCCCACACAGGAGACGAUUAAUGAAACAUAUGCACAUCCCUGGCUCCUGAGCUGAUCACAAUCAGGCAUGACACAAAUAUGACAUUCUGUGCCUGUUUUGGAGGAAAAAAUCCACAAAGGACAGCAGGAUCAAAACAUUUCAAAAGUACUAUGUAAUGACUACCCACUCAAGCCACUUUGAGAGUUUGCUAACAUAUUUUUGUUGGGUAGAGACAUCACCAGCCACUUUGUGUUUGAAUCUCUUUCCUGAACAGUCAGCCGGGGCUAUAGCAGUAGACAGCCUUGAAAUGCAUGUGCAUUCUGACAGCAGAAUUUGUUGAACCUUGGACAUAGUGUGAUUUGGAUGGAAUCUCGUAGGACGUAAGGCAUCUAGGCCAACUCCUGCUCAAUGUAGGACUUCCAUAGCUCAUGUCCUACAGAUGGCAAUCCAGCCUCUGCUUGAAGACCUCCAGUAAAGGACAGCUUAUAAUUUCUCUGGGUAAUUGGUUCCAUUGUCUCUCCUGACCAGAAGUGGGCAACGUGCAACCCUACUCUAGAACAGAAGCAGCAAACCAAUCAGCAUAUUUUCUGUUGUGGUUUCACAUUUGGCUGAUUGCAUUUCUUCCUUUCCCAUCAUGCCCAAGAGCACAUCUGUGCUAGACUUGUGCAGCCCCCAGAAUAUGCAACACAAAGGAAUGACACAGUUCAUUCUUCCCCCUAAAUUUCCACAGCAGUUGUGAGGUGCCUGUAGUACACAAGCCCUAACAGCAACAAAGCCCUAUGGCAACACAGUAGCAAAGCAAUAGAUGCCCGGUUUGUGCCUUGGAUAUUAUACAAUGAUUAUGUGCUGUGUUUGCAUAUAUCUGGGAAUUUUAAAAAGAGGAACAACUGCUGGAUCAAACAUGGAAACCCUCCUACCUCCUGCACUAGAUGUGGUCAGUGUUGUGGGACAAAAAAAAAAAAAAAAGGCAGGCUACUACAAAAAGAUGCUUGUUAAUCACUCAAAGAGCCUGAUGGAAAGGCUACAGAUCUUAAGUUACUAACAGGGUUCUUAUAACAGAGUGAGGUCAUCAAGGGUUAUUUAACCCAUGAUAAGCUGUAGUAUUUGCCAGGUGUACAUAACCCUACUACUAAUUGAUGGUUAUGUGAGUGUCGCUUAAGGGGCAAAAGAGGGAUUAGGGUUCCAUAUCAAAAUGGCAGUUGCACAUGUAUGAUAUGCUCCAUGUCUCAUAGUGGGUUAAAAACCCAAGAUGAUCUAGCUUUGUUGUGAAAACUGAUCGAUUGCUUAUUGAAACAUGAAACAUUUUACUGUGGGGUUGCAUGGAUCUAUGUAAUUCCUAAGGAUGCUUCAAGACAGCUACAUCCCCUACUGUUGGUGGCACUAAAUGAGAAGUAAAAGAAAUACUUCUAGGAAGGGAACCACCUGAUAUGGUGGGGUUACAGUUAUCAUUGCUGGACACGCACAGUGAUUACUGUACUACACAUGUUUAUCUUGCUAGUACAUUUGGAUUGGAAGUAAUCAGAAUGGAAGUCAACAUAAUCUCCAGAUGGAUUAUCAGUGUUAGCUGGUAAUCCAACAAUUGGACCUAUCAUUUGAAUUUCCUUCUUCUAUAGAUAUCCUAAUAAAACAACAAUAAUGCAACAAAUGAUGAGUUACUGGGAAAAGCAAGAAGAAAAAUGACUGUCUUCCUUUUAAAGAAGAAUUUGGUUGUAGUUUCUCCCCAUUUCACCUUAAUUUUGUUUUUGCAGCAGA